GUCACACACUCCAGAACUCUGAGUCUCUGACACAACCCACGUCCAUCUCUAGCUUCUACCAGUUGAAGCACACACGCACCAAGGCAGAGGCAGACUCCAUGGACGCUGUGGAGUCCACUUCGCCCUACUCGCCGCCGUCGCUGCGCCACAAGCUGCGGACAACCGUCUGCGGCUGCUUCGGCUCGCCGUCGUCGCCGGGCAACGAGGGAGAAAGACCGCACAGCGGGGGCAGGACGAGGUGGAGGCGACGGGUGGCGGCCGCGGGCGAGUUCAGGUACGACCCGCUGAGCUACGCGCUCAACUUCGACGACGGCAGCAGCGGUGACAGCGAUGGUGCGGACGGGGAGGACGCCACCUUCCGGAACCGAAACUUCAACUCCCGCCUGCCUCCCUCGCCGGUGCCGGCCUCCCGAGCCGUCGCCAUCGCCAUCGCCUCAAGACUGAAGUCCUUUGCUGCUUCUGUAGCUUUAGUCUCUCUGACUUUUCUUCUUCUCCAAGUGAGAUUGAAUCAACUCUGUAAAAGUGAUAUUGAAUCGUAG